AUGGAUCCAUUUGAGCAAAUGCGUCGAAUAAUGAAAGAAUCGCUAGAAGAAGAUCAACGUAUGAAGGAGGAAGCCGCCGCGCCUCCUCAAAGGCGACCCCGGACUUAUAUCCAUCGUAACCGGGAGAAAGCCGCCGCAAGGUUGGAACAUGAUUACUUCAGUCGGAACCCGGUAUGGGGAGAUAUCUACUUCUGUCGCCUUUUCCGUAUGUCACGCGCGCUAUUUUUGCAUAUCACGAAUACAUUGACGGGACAGGAAGAGUACUUCAGAGAAGGGUUCGACGAUGUUGGCCGUCCUAGCCACACGACGCUCCAGAAAUGCGUCCGAGCAGCCUUCACCGACGAUUUUCUGAAGAAGCCAACCACCGCAGAUUGUCAGUUUCUGCUCCAACUUCACGAACAACUGCACGGAUUGCCCGGGAUGCUCGGGAGUGUCGAUUGCAUGCAUUGGCAAUGGAAGAAUUGCCCUGUGGCGUUGAGGGGGUCAUACACGAGCGGCCACAAAGACACCCACUCCACCGUUAUACUCGAGGCCGUCGCCGACUACUGGCUAUGGAUUUGGCAUGCAUAUUUCGGGGUCCCCGGCUCGAACAACGUCGUCAACGUGCUCAACAAUUCCGACCUCUUUAGCGAAGUUCUGAAUGGUAAAGCGUCGGCCAUCAACUUCAUCGCUAACAAUCGCCAGUAUAAAAUGGGGCAUGCGAACGAAAAAUAG